UGUUCUGUACCAGGAACAUGGCAAAGCUUUGAGACUGGUAGCAUUUGUCAGCCAAAGCUUGUCGCCCUCUGAGCGAAACUAUCCCACUCACAAGUUGGAGUUCCUCGCGCUGAAGUGGGCGGUGGUGGACAAGCUGAGCAAUUACCUGUACGGAGCCAAGUUUGAGGUGAGAAUGGAUAACAACCCUCUCACUUAUAUUUUGACUUCGGCUAAGCUGGAUGCCACAGGACUUCGGUGGCUGGCGGUCUUGUCUGUAUAUGAGUUCAGCCUGAGGUACCGCCCAGGAAGCAAGAAUGUCGAUGCGGAUGCUUUGUCACAUCGGGAGCCGGGGGAACAGGAGAAGGACGAGGAGUGGGAGAGUGUCCCUGCCCCUGGAGUGAAGGCGAUGUGUCAGUUUGCUAUCACAGUGAAGGCCGAGGGAAGAGGAAGGCUGGAGCGAGCCGUGGACCACUUGGGGGUUUUUGACGAUGCCAUACACCUAGCUUACUGUGACCUGACCGUACUGCGGACUAAGCAGUUGCCAGAACUGAGUCCGGGGGAAGUGGCAGCUGCUCAGCAGAGUGACCCGGGUCUUGGCACUGUGUGGAGAGUGGUAGAGAAGGGGGAUGUGGAUUUGGUUGAUAAGGGGAAACACCCGUUCGUGCCUCUGUUACUGAAGGAGUGGUCUCGGAUAAAAUUAAAGAACCAAAUCUUGUACCAGGUAACGGCCGUUGGCAACUGGUCCUGCCGGAGAAGUAUCGGCAGACUGUACUCCAGGCCUUACAUGAUGAUUCUGGACACUUGGGGGUGGAAAAGACUUAUGGAUUACUCAAAGACCGGUUCUACUGGCCCCGGAUGAGGGGGAGGUUGAAGAAUACUGUAGGAAAUGCAGUUGUUGCAUCCGGAGGAAGACCCUGCCAGCGUCGGCGGCUCCACUGUCGCACUUGCAGAGUGCGGGACCUCUGGACCUGGUGUGUAUGGACUUUCUGUCGAUCGAGCCUGACACCAACAACACCGCAAAUGUUUUAGUCAUCACCGAUCAUUACACUCACUAUGCUCAGGCAUUUCCCACUAAGGAUCAGAAGGCGACGACAGUGGCGAAGGUGUUAUGGGAGAAGUAUUUUGUUCAUUACGGCCUUCCCAGGCAAAUCCAUAGUGAUCAGGGGCGGGACUUUGAGAGCCGCCUUGUCCAUGAAUUACUGACUAUGCUUGGGGUUGAGAAAUCCAGGACUACCCCUUAUCACCCACAAGGUGAUCCUCAGCCAGAGAGGUUCAACAGGACCCUGUUGGAUAUGCUCGGGACGCUGGAGAUUGGGCAGAAAAGUAAGUGGAGUCGUCAUAUUGGACAAUUGGUUCACUGUUACAAUUGUACUCGCAAUGACGCUACAGGUUACUCGCCCUAUUAUCUGAUGUUCGGGCGGGAAGCGAGGUUGCCCAUUGACUUGUGUUUUGGGGUUGAAUUACCCGGGAAGUCCUAUCCAAAGUAUGUGUCCGACAUGAAAAGGGAGUUACAGCGGGCGUACGAGUUGGCCAAGGCGGCGGCUACCAAACAAAAUCAGAGGAAUAAAUGAGGUAUGACCAAAAGGUGAAGUUUGUCCAAUUAUUGCCGGGCGACCGGGUCCUUUUACGGAAUUUGGGAUUCCCUGGUAAGCACAAGUUGGCAGAUCGAUGGGCGGCCAGCCCCUAUGUAAUAGAGAGCCAGAUGCCAAAUCUACCAGUUUACCGGGUGAAACCUGAGGAUGGGAAUAGGCCUAUCAAGGUACUCCAUUGGAAUCACCUGCUGCCCCUGGGCCAAACAGUGUAGGUGGACAAGGAGCCAGAAUGGGAGGUUGUGCCUAGUACAAGGACUCUGCGAAGGCGCGGAGCGAGGGAAGAGCCCGCUGCUGAAGAGCGGGGACGGGUCCUUAACCGGGGAAUGGAUACCGAUUCAGAAGAGGACGACUCAGAUGAGUGGCCCCUGUUCCCAUUCGCUGGCAUUUCAGUACCAGAAGAGGAGGCUCCUGGCCCUUCCCAUACUGAGUUGGGUGAGAGGAGGGAAGGUGUUGAUGGUCAGAUGGAGAAGCAGCCAGCGUUGGGGGGAGAGAGGGUGGAACCCGAGCGUGAGUCGGAGGGUUCUCAGGUGAGGGGGGAUCCCCGUGAGGGAGGGAGUGAGGAUCUGACAGGUAGACCUGGGGUGUCCGAGGCAGAGGGUUCGCAGGUGAAGAGGGAGCCCAGUGAGGUGGAAGGGUUGGCAGAAGGGGUACGGAGAUCUCAGAGAAGAAGGCGCCCCCCCCGGAGCGGUUGACAUAUGUGGAACCAGGAGAACCAUGUGUGAUUUCUACUGCUCUGGGUAGUUAUGUCGCUGCUUUCUGCACCUGGGUUGGGUUUUGUGUGUUGCAAGAAGCUUUGGGGAACUCUGGUAGUGUCAUGAGGGCAUGACAUUUGCUGGUGGGGGGAGAAUGUACAAUGUCCUGUGUAUGUUACUCAAAAUGGCUUCUUUGGUUUGUUAAGUGUAGGAAUGCUUCUUUGUCUGAUAAGUGUUUCUCUCGCAGUUGUUUAACUUUAGACUUGCUGAUAUGGGGAUUGUAUUCAUUUGUUAACCAAUGGGGAAUGUUAUUUUGUCUUGUGAGGCUGGGAGCUUGGGGGGUUCUUGCGGGAGUCGGGAAGGAGAUGCCGAGGAUGGUGGACGCGCGCUGCACUGCUUGGUUGACCACCGGGGGUGGUCCCAGGUGCGAAGACGUGGAGGUCGGAGGAAAGUGACGAGGGGUCGAAUGGUUCGAUGGUUGAGCUCCAACGAUGUGCACUAAACUGACUGAACUUUGACAAGUUGGCGCCUUUUGCUUUUUCUUUUCUUUCAUAUAUAUUGUAUUGCCUAGUACUGUUUUAGUUUUAGUAAAAUCUUUAAAGUGUAUUUCAUAAAGGUAUCUAGUGUGAAUUUGAUACUGUGUGCAUGCGCGAGGCAUAAACUUGAUUCCCACAGCACCUGCAUGUACGGGAAGUGGGGUUGUUGAGUGGCUGGAUCUCAUUUUCCCCUAGACAUAUAGCAGCCUGUUGGGUAAGUGUUACACCUGUAAUGAUUUAAUGCUGAGAUUAGGAUAAAUAUCAGGACAAUGUUGCUUGUAUAUUUUAAACAAAUCUUAAUCUGAAUUUCUGAUGACUGUGCUCUGGAGUAUUUUGUCCCUUAUGCAAAUAUAGUUAUACUAUAUCUGGAUCUCAGCAGUGUGAGUUUGUUCUUGACUUCCAAUACUGCCAAGCUCUAUCUUUAUUAGCACAAAACAUGGUGGUUGAAGUACUGUCUACAUUAUCAUAUUUUGUAGUUUUCGAGUGAAUUUUUCCAUUGAACUGAAUGUUAAAAGUAUUGACACCAGAUAGACUAAGCACUAUGCCAUGAGGAGGAAAUGCUCUAUUCGCUUCUCUAGUUUUUAAGAGGCCUGAUGUAGAGCAACAUUCAUAACCAGCUACUCAUUCAGCAAAAGGAAUAACAUGCCAAAAAAAUAAGGAAACACAUUGUAUUCAAAGUCUAAAUAAAAAAUACAAAAUGCUGGCAGAACUCAGCAGGCCAGACAGCAUCUAUGGGAGGAGGUAAUAACAACGUUUCGGGCCGAAACCCUUCAUCAGGAGUGAAGUAACAUGGGAUG